UUUAAUCAAUAUUUACCUGAUCCCAAUCAUAUGCUUUGAAUAAUUAAACGCCACUUGAAUGCGCGCCGAUCCUGAUCCAAUGCAUGAGUGGCUGCUGAUUUUACUAUGGUGCAGCACACACACAAAAUCAACGUCAAUGAUUGUUUGCCAUCUGAGACUGAUUGCAUAUUCAGUGCGCUCACAGCAUGUUCGAUGUUGUCGCAACACACAACCGUCGCUGCCACUGCCGUCGUCUCCCUGAAUCGCCGGCAAAGCGCAUGGUAAUAUUUCCAUGUAAAUCAUUACGCUCUUGUUCUCUCUGUGUCGUGUCAAUGAUUGUCGCGAUUUUCAUUUGUUAUUUUUUUCCUCUCUAUUCUUUUGUUGCGCCGUUUCUCUCAUCUAAGCAAACCUAUCACAUCAUCUAACUAAUUGAAUUAUAUGUCGCUUCUCACUCCAACGACAGUAACAUCCAUUUGUUUCACCGUGCCCCGUAUUUUUGCAUACAUUUUUUUUUAUUGUUGUUCGCUUGCACAAGUUUGAUAUAUUUUGCCGCGUAAAAAUUUGACGGGCGCGGAAUUGUUUCAAACCAAAAAGCAUGGACAAUCAAUUUAUUGACUCGAUCGACAAUUUACGAGCAGAUGAUUAAAUAAUCCAGCAACAUAAUUUUUUUGUUCGCUAAUUCGUUUAGCGUUUCGAAUUUUGUUGUUGCUCCGUGAGGAAUGAGGUGCUUUAUUACUAGCGUUGAUUAUAUUUGCGAGAGUCAAGCGGAUCUGCGUUUGAUUGAGAGCUCGUUCGUAGUCGUUUUUGGCCUCAACCGCCAAUAUCAUGAAAUUUAUUUAUAUUUACAUUUAUUUCUAAUAAAUUUCAUUCGAAUAUCGUUGAAAUUUGCUUGGAAUCGGCCGUUGUUGUGUGUAUGCUAAAAGCAAAGGAGAAAGAAAAAUUCCGCUGUACAUUACGUUCAGAGUUAAUGAAACUCUUGGUCGCACUGCUAUGUCCGCGCUGCAAAACGGCUAAUUUUCAAAUCCAUUCGGUGUUUCAAAUCAAAGUUCACCGGAUUUAUGGAUGGAAUGCAUGGCCGAGAUUUUUCGCUGCACAUUUAAUUUGAUUUAUUGACAAGCACACAACUAUUUAAUUGCCCAUUCAAAAUCGAUCAAUUUUAUUGGGUGUGUGUCCCCAAGGAAGGCAGAGUGACCAGGAGCUAGUUGUAGUGAAAAUGUAGACCAGCCCAUUUUUCAAGCAUCGCACGCGCGCAUACACACACAAAACCAUUAUCAUUCAUAUAUUUCAAAUUCAAAUUGGCAAAACGCGAGAUAAAUGACAAUUUAUAAAUGGUAUAAUAAAAUAUUAUUUAUGUCACCUACUAACAUUUAGCUCACGAUCAAAUUGACUAUAUUGCGGAUAGAGAGAGAGAGGGAGAAAGAAAAAAAUACACACACACAUUGGAUUAACUGAAAUGUAAACAAUCGCAAAAUGCCUAAACACAAUAAAUGUAUAAAAAGCAACUUGAAUGCAGUUGGCAGUUGAAAAGUAAAAUUCAUUAACACUAAAACGAAAAGAAAAUGGUCCGCCUACGACUUCCACGUCUUACAGUGGAGAUGUGGAUAAAAUGUGCACGAUUCCAAUGUUCAAUAUAUUCCACAGAUGAAGAAAAAAAACGAACCCAUUCAAUUUGCUUCGAGCAACAAAUUCGAAUUCAAUUCAUAUACACACACAAUCAGUCAAUUUCCCUCCGGACAGCCCAGAGCAACAGAGAAAGAGAGAAAUGAGCUGCAAUCAUCUGUUGAUAAAUCUAAAUGCCAAAUGCGCUUGGUUUUCGUUACCCAAUUUCUCGCACAUAAAAUUGAUUUUUACACUGUUUUAAGUGUGUCUCAUCGAGCCUUCAAGAUAUCACUUCCCCGUUUUCUCAACGGAGUACAUGUAAGUGAGCGUGUACGUCAUCAUCUUCAGGGCCUACGAUAAAAAUGAAACAAAUUUUUAUGAACAAAUAUCAAACCAUGACAUCAAUUGAAUACAUUUACCGUUUGUUCCUUCCCUCCUUUUUCUCUUUUAUUCAGCCGUGUGGUGUUUUUUUGUUUUGCCGGUAAUUUACAUGCGCAAAGAAAAACAUCAUUACGGUAAACAAAAUGUGGACAUGAAUUGUGAUCAUAUGAAUAAUGGUCGUAGAUAUAAAUAAUCAAAUGAUCCGUUCGAUGAAUGCAAUUCAUUACAUUCGACUCGAUGACUUCAUUUCUUUAUUAUUAUCAUAAACAUUUGGUUUUAUUUCGACAUGCGUUUUUUUUGCGGUUCGUUGUUGAUUUUGCUUCUCUCGCUCGCUCUCUCUCUUGCGAAUAAACAAUUGGCGCUUUUGUGUGGUGCAUAUGCAAUUGUUCGUGUGGUUCGGGGAUCUGCUGUCAUUUGGCUCAAUGUCAAUGUGGAGCACACUAAAUAAAUUUCACUUUAAUCUUGAAGCAAAAAAAAAUCGAACACAAGGCAUCCCAUUAUGUAAUAUGACGUGCAAACGUUUGCCAAACCAAGCCAUAGAUAAACGCCAGAACUGAACACCAUGCUACGAUGGUUUCGAAAUAAACAACAAUAAAAACGGAGUGAAUUAGAAACAACACCGAACAUUGAACAAAUGUGGCAUUGAUCUUCAAGCGCCAAGAACAUGUGUGUUUGUGUGUUGAUUUGAAAAUUCCCGUAAUUUGCAUGGUGCUAACAAAUUUAGUUCAUAAACAUUCCAUCGCUGUUUUUUAAAAUGCAUUUUGAAUUUGAAUUCACAUCAAAAAUUCUUUUUGAAUAAAAAAUACACAGUCUGCGACCGUUUCGGAAUCAGUCAUUUCCAACCCAAGGAAAUAAUUGAAUUUUACCGGAAAAUACAUCAUUUGAAUUAGCGCAGAAAUGUUUGAAUUUUCUUUUUUAAUUGCAAAAUUACAGCAGAAAUGUGAGUUGACCAUUGAAUCCAGAAAUAGCGAAAUUUUAAUUGGUUUUUUCUUCUUCUAAAAGUCAUUCACAUUCCUUGACGUUUGGUGUUCAUUGGAAUGGUUAUUUAUGCUGGCUCCCCGCUGUUUGGACAGCAAGCGUCUUUGGCAUUUGUUCUUUUUACCCAAUUCACAUUUCUUAAUUUGGUUACUUCGGGACGAAACGUAUGAGUAUUUGUCAUAUUCGAUUGUCAUCAUCGGCUAACAGGUUGGCCUGCAAUCACAUUUAGGCUACUGUUAACCAGAAAAUAAUUGGCGUUAACCACCACAAGCACAUCACAUAUCAAAUUGUAUAGUUUGCUCUGGUUUCUCUCUCACUCUAUCUCUCUCACGCGUCAUUUAUCUUUGAUUCGUGAUUUAUAUUUUGUUUGUGGUUUAUUACUCAAACUGCUUUCGCCAAUGACUUGCAAAUCUCUAAACUGCGUGGGCCGUGCACGAACAUCGUAACCAGAAACCAUGCCAUUCAAAACGCAAAACCGAUUCUGGUUUGGUGAUGAUAAUGAUGCUACUGCGAAUCUGUUUUGGUUUUGUGAAAUAAUUUUUUUGUCGAACUCCAAAUUAAAAUGAACGUUUCGAUACAAUUUUGUUUAGAAAACAUCCGCAUUCUGGAUAUAAUGUUUACAGAGUUGUGGGCAUAAUUGUUGGUAUCAUUCUGUUAUCGAUUUAAUUCAUGCCAAAUGUAUUUUGACAUGAUUGUAAAUUUGUUUGCAAAUUGAAAUUCGGUUGAAAGUGGAAUGGGAAAGAAAUACAUGAAAAAAUGUGACUCCACAGCAAUACUUCUGGUUAACGUUAAGCAUUGAUUAAAACAUAGUUCUUCAAACCGAAUCCUCGAAAACGUAAUGAAAAACAUGUUUCAAAGUCAAAAAUGACACUCAAUUAUUUCGAUCACGCAUUACGCACAAUUGGUUAAUCUAUUAUCGAUUUUGCAUAAUUUUCGAUAAUCGAUAAUUAUGUAUUCAACAUAGAUUUUAAUCUAUCAACGCAGUCGAAAUCGGAUUUAAAUUCAUUGAGCCCUCUCAUAACGUGCUGACGAAUUGUACAUUCCAUGUACACGGGCUUCAUUUCUAUGAUAAAUUAGUUUCGAUAAGGUGCAAAACGUUUGAAUAAAUAAAGAAACAAAAAUUGUCGGCAAUAAUGGAUCGAUUUCGAAAGUUAACUAUUUUGGUCGGUGUAUGGUUGUUGGCCAUUAUUUCGAAUGUAAAUGCAGUUGGACCAGCAAUUGAUUUUCCAGGACCAUACUGUGCAACACGACCAGGCGGAUGCUGCAAUGACCGUACAGAUUCGUGUUCUGUUCCAAUUUCAACUACGCUUUGUUAUUGUGAUGAAUUUUGCGGCUACAAUCGAAUUGAUAAUGGUGAUUGUUGUCCCGAUUAUGAUUCAUUCUGCUUGGGAAUCCAACCACAACCAGAUCCAAUCGUCGUUAAAUGCUAUCACAAUGGACAAUGGUUCAAUCAAUCGGAACAGAUUCGUGACAACUGCAAUUUGUGCACGUGCGGAAAGGAUGGACAAGCACAUUGCGAACAAAAUGUAUGUUUGAUCGAUGAGAGUCUCAUUAACAAUGUCAACACUCUCUCGCGAACAAUCGGCUGGAGUGCAACGAAUUACACGGAAUUCUGGGGCAAAAAGUACGACGAAGGCUUGGAGCUACGUUUGGGCACAAAAGAGCCAACAUACAAAGUCAAGGCCAUGACAAAACUAUCAAAUAAACCGGAAUCAUUGCCACGCAAUUUCAAUGCGUUUGAAGAAGGUCGCUGGGCCGGAUUUAUAUCGCCAAUUCAUGAUCAAGGCUGGUGCGGUGCAUCGUGGGCUAUUUCAACUGCAUCCGUUGCAUCAGAUCGAUUUGGUAUUCAAACGAAAGGCAAAGAAUCGGUCGAAUUGUCACCACAACAAUUAUUAUCAUGCGUACGAAGACAAUUGGGCUGUAGCGGCGGACACUUGGACUGGGCAUGGAACUAUAUUCGCAAAAUUGGAUUGGUAGAUGAUGCUUGUUAUCCAUACGAAGCUCAAUCGAGUCGCUGUAAAGUGCAUAAAGAUUCUACACUUUCAUCAGUUGGUUGCGAAUUGCCAAAGGGUGUACCACGUGAUCAUUUGUAUCGAGUUGGUCCAGCCUAUUCGUUGAAUAACGAGAGCGAUAUUAUGGCUGAAAUUAUGGAAUCCGGACCAGUUCAAGCCACAAUGCGUGUGUAUCGUGACUUCUUUACCUAUGAACGUGGAAUAUAUCGUCACUCCGCCGCCAGCCGUAGCGAAAAGGGUGGAUUCCAUUCGGUACGUUUAGUUGGUUGGGGUGAAGAGCGAACUGGCUAUGAGGUUACCAAAUAUUGGAUUGCAGCCAAUAGCUGGGGAACUUGGUGGGGCGAACAAGGAUUCUUCCGUAUACUGCGUGGCGUGAAUGAGUGUGAAAUUGAAAAUUACGUACUAGCCACAUGGCCACAUGCUCAUUUGAAACCGAAAACGGCUAAAUCAUCGCGUAGAACAUCACCAAGACGACCAUUCUACUAAGCGUGAAGCAUUCAUCUCUUGAAAUGGUGUUCAACAACUAAAUAGAAUAUUUUUCUUUUCUGUAAAAUGUAAUAAAAAUUUGUGCUCAAUUCACCUCUAUCCACUACCGCUUGGACAAGUUCCAUCGAUAUAAAUGUACGCGACGAUAAUCCAUAUAUCAUAUCCUAUUCCAUGGUAACGGUUAAUCGUACGCUCAAACAGCAGAAAAAAAAAAUUAAAAUACUUUUUUCCUAAGUUAAGCUCAAACAACUAUCGAACAUCAAAAAAAAAAAACAAGAUCAAUCCACAGCACAUCGUUAUUCGUUAAUCUAAUUUUAUGUUAGUUAAAACAAAUUUAGAAUGAAGAAAAAAACCAGCUGUUUCACCAGAGAGUGAACCGACAAUAAUGCAAAUGGUUCGAAAUUGCGAAUUUAUUUAGUUCCAGCACCAAAAUGCGCGAAAUCGAUAUGAUAUUGUUUUUAUGUGUUAGAAUAAUAAUUGCCUAUUAGUUUCCUGAUGCAACUAUAAAUCAUUUAUAAUAUGUAUAUCUCACCAUCAGUAUGUCAUAAUCUUUAGCUAACGUUUAGAAUAUGAAUAGAGAGCGAAAAAAAAAUACGCAACGUUCAAACUGCCAAUAAAGAGAAUUUAAACUAAACAUCAUUUUGUACCAAAAAAAAAAAAAAAAAACACCCAGAC